AUGUGGAAUAAGCCUGCUGCUGAGGAGAUAACUGCAGUAGCAACAGAUUCUGCCGCGCUUUCGCUGCCAUCAUCAACUUCACUUCCAUCGCCACCGGCAUCAGUAUCAACCCCGGCAAACGGGGUCUACACCAGGACAGUGGUCAUCGCUAAACUGGAGGAAGAAGACGCAUCAUGGAUUGAUCCCUUGGUCGCAGCAGACCCACAUCUCUCAAGUGCUGUGUACACUGUCGACAACGCCAAUGCAUCUUUGACCGUUCCGCAGAACAAAGGCCACGAGGUGAUGGUCUACCUGACCUACAUCAUCGACCACUACCACAUUCUUAGCGACGUGACCAUGUUCAUGCACGCGCAUCAGUUUACCUGGCACAACAACGACUUCCUUAACUCCGAUUCGGCGCUGCUCGUCAAGCGCCUGAAAAGCGAGACCGUGCAGCGCAAAGGCUACGUCAAUCUCCGUUGUCACCUGGAGCCCGGCUGUCCGGAUCACAUCCACCCGACUGUCUCAGGCGACGACCUGGCGAAUAUCCCCGAAGCAGCAAUCUUGGGACAUGCCUGGCAGGAACUCUUCCCCCAGGUACCGGUACCGAAGGUCCUGUCGCAGCCGUGUUGUGCGCAGUUUGCGGUGAGUGCAGAGCGGCUGCGGAAGGUCCCGCUGAGGGACUACAUCCUGUAUCGGGAGUGGCUGCUGGCGACGCCGCUAGAGGACCGGCUAUCAGGGCGGGUGUGGGAGUAUCUGUGGCAGUGGCUGUUCGCAGGUCAGGAGGAGUUUUGUCCGGAUGAGCAGUCGUGCUAUUGUGAGGGUUAUGGGGUUUGUUUUGAACCGGGAAAGUAUGAGGAGUAUUACAAGCUGCGAACCGAAUCCCGGGAGUUGGAAAAGAAGAUCGAUGACUUGAAGAAGCCGGAGGAGGAGACGGUUGAGCCAGCGGUGGAAGAAGAAAUCCGGUCCUUGAGGGACAGGAUUGAUGUGCUGCAUGAGCAGAUGAACGUGAUCAAGAAGAAGGCCGCUGGGGGGUAG